CUUCUCUCUCACAAGGAACACUACCACCAUGCAGCUCACGAAUCCGUGCCGCCGCACCAUGCCGUUCUUCGUCGGCGUCGCCGUCCUUGUCCUCGCGGCGGCGGCAGCGCGGGCCGACGGCGCCCUCUGCGACAAGUCGGACAAGGCGGCUCUCCUGGCCAUCAAGUCCGCCCUCGGCAACCACCCGGACCUCUCCGGCUGGAACUCCACCGCGCCCUGCUGCGCCUGGCCGGGCAUUUCCUGCAGCGCCACCACCGGCCGGGUCACCGAGCUCACGGUCUUCGCGCUCAACAUCUCCGCGCCGGUCCCCGCCGCCAUCGCCAACCUCACCGCGCUCCAGAGCGUCAACCUGGCCUACAACCGCCUCUACGGCCGCAUCCCGGAGUUCCUGGGCCCGCGCGCCCUCCCGGACAUCACCUUCCUCCGCCUCGACGGCAACCGCCUCGACGGCCCCAUCCCGCCGACAGCCACCGUGCACGACCUCUCCGUCGUCGGCAACCGCCUGACCGGCCCGCUCCCGGCCGCCUUUGCGGGCGCGGAGUUCGGCAGCGUGGACGUCGCCGACAACCAGCUCACCGGCGACGCGUCGGUGCUGUUCGGCGCCAGGAAGCGGGUGAACUCGUUGCGGCUGUCGCGCAACCGGUUCGCGUUCGACCUCGGCCGCGUCGAGCUGCCGGGGAAGCUGGACAUACUGGCCGUCGACCACAACAUGAUCUACGGGGCCAUCCCGGCUGCCGCGGCGACGAGGAAGUGGCUGGCGUUCGACGUGAGCUACAACAAUCUGUGCGGGCCCAUACCGCAGGGCCGGUACACGCACAGGUUCGGCCCCAGGCACUUCGCGCCCAACAAGUGCCUCUGCGGCCGCCCGCUCGCGCCCUGCAGCUAGGUGCCCGGGUGGGACAGUCAGGGUGACCGACCGACUGAUGAUAUAUAGCUGUUGCUACUACUUUCGCUGUGUUCUGCUGCUGCAUAUCUCCAGGCUUCGAGUUAGCAAUAAGGCCCUUCUUAAGGUAGUUCGUGAUUAGUAAGUAUUGUAAGUCCCGUUCUUGGCCAAAUUUAAUCACGAGCUGGCCACGUCGAUCAGCUAAUAUAAUAUCGGGUUUUAUAAUGAA